UUCUCAGUCGUUGCUGUGAGCUUCACUGUUCUUCGAGCUCAACGCCAUAGAAAUGGUUUAGACAGAGCCGUUUUUGGCAUGACUAAAACGUUAAUUUUUACAGGAAGAGGAUGACACAGUGACGAAGUGAUCCCUUUAUCUCACAGGCUAACUGUCAUCAUUUCUGCCGAGAGAAACAUGCAGCAGUGCUCAUCGCCAGGUCUCUAUUCACAUGACUAACUAUUAGAGGAAGGUGAUGAAAUGGAAGGUGUUAAGGAGAAGCAGGGUCGACUGUCUCGACCACAUAGAAUAAGCGAGAAUUCAAAGGUGUAUCGAUGGGCUGACCAAGCCAUGUACCUCCUGCAGGGUUUAAACGAGCAGCGAGAAUGUGGUCAGUUGUGUGAUGUGGUCUUGGUGGCGAAUGGCCAGCGGGUUCGUGCCCACCGCGCCCUGCUGGCCGUUUCCAGCCCGUACUUCCAGGCCAUGUUCACGCUUGGCAUGAGAGAGGAGCGCCAAGCUGAGGUGGAGCUUGUAGGUGCCUCGUUUGUGGGGGUUAAGGCAGUCGUGGACUUCCUCUAUAGUGGCGAGUUGCCCCUUGAUGGUGGAAACAUUGACUACGUACUGGAGACGGCUCACUUGCUGCAAGUCUGGCAGGCUGUCGAUUUCUGUUGCCAGUACCUGGAGAAAGAGGUCAACGAAGACAACUAUCUGUACCUGCAGGAACUGGCGAUGCUUUACAGCUUGGAGCGUCUGGACGCCUUCAUAGACCGCUUUGUCCUGGAGCGAUUCGCCACUCUCUCCUGCACGCCCAAGUUCUUGAAAGACGUGGGAUUAUCCAAACUGUGUUCCUACUUAGCCAGCGAAGAGGUGCAGCACGAGAGUGAGCAGACCCUCCUCCAGGCAGCCCUCCAGUGGCUCAACCAGAAACCCGAGCGCUUGCCAUUCGCCCACCAGCUCCUGCGCCACGUCCGCUUGGCCCUGAUCUCACCUGUGGAGCUGGCAGAGCAUGUCCUGCCUGCUGUACGCUCUUUAUUGCCCCCAGAUUCAGGCUGCCAAGCGCUGGUGGAGGAAGCACUAAGCUACCAUGCUCACGUCAGUGCCCAGCCUGUACUACAAACAACACAGUCAGCCCUGAGAGGAGGAGUGGAGCGCCUGCUGCUGGUUGGAGGAGAGGUGUAUGAGCGUGGUGAAGAGCUGAGCACUGACGUGAGCUGGCUAGAUGAAGAAGCAGGAGUGUGGGUGGUAGAGACGCAGUUGCCGGCUCAGAGGAGCCACCAUUGCGUGGCAGUGCUGGGGGGAUUCAUUUUUAUCGCUGGGGGAAGCUCGUCACGGGAUAACGGUGGAGACGCAGCAAGUAACAUACUCUACCGAUACGACCCACGUAACAACACAUGGUCCAAGGGUGCGAGUAUGAACCAGCGCCGAGUGGAUUUCUAUCUCGGAACCAUGGGGGACUGUGUGAUUGCUGUUGGGGGACGAAAUGAAAGCGGUGCACUAUCAUCUGUUGAGGUGUACCAUCCCGUGGAGGAUUACUGGACCUACGUAGCAGGGCUGCCAAGAUUAACGUAUGGCCAUGCAGGCACAACACACAAAGGUGUAGUGUACAUCUCAGGGGGCCAUGACUAUCAGAUCGGACCUUACCGACGUGAUAUGCUCAGUUAUGACCCGAGCGCCGGCGACACAUGGAUGGAGCGGCAGGCCAUGACUCUGGCUCGAGGCUGGCACUGCAUGGCAUCACUGCACGACCGAAUCUAUGUAAUCGGUGGCAGCGAUGACCACGAGGACAGCAUGGAGCGCUUCGAUGUGCUAGAAGUAGAGGCGUUUGACCCGCACACUGAGCAGUGGAGCAGGGUCGCCCCGCUGCGCUACCCAAACAGCGAAGCAGCUGUUGCCGUGUGGGACAGCAAGAUCUAUGUGAUGGGAGGCUACACCUGGGAGCACAUGGACUUCUCAGAAAACACUCAGGUGUUCGUUCCAGAGAAGGGCCAGUGGGUGAUGGGUCCCAACCUGCCCAGGUACAUUGCUGGAGCCUCGGCGUGUGUAUGCACUGUUCGAGCUCGGCAGUCCUGCAGCACUGAGCAGAACAGGACAGGUGUGAUGGCGAAAGGCUUGCAAAACACCAGUCAAGGACAAGACAGAUGACUGGAAGAGCAAACACAACGGUUCGAUAAUGUGCCCUGACCGGGCAGUUAUUCUCCCAACAUGCAGGUUACAGCACCAAGGGUACAGGGCCUUAACAGAUACCCGUAUAUCUAGGCUGCUUAUGGAGGACAUGAACCGAAUUGAUUCAGCUGAUUCAGUUUUGGAACUUGCUGGUUGCAAAGGUGUGAUGUUAGAAGUGCUUCUUCAGUCAUUUAGUAUUCUGGUUUAUUCCAUGUCUAGGAAUAAUCUGCAUUGUCACUCAAUCUUGUGCUGAAGAGGUGUGUUCCAUCGCUUGGGUUGUGUGAAAUGUAUGCAUUUGCAUUUCUCAAUAAUUACAUGGUCUAACAUGAGCAAUCAUUUUCAGUAUUAGAGGAAAACAUUAAAAAACAAGCAUGUUUAUUCUUUCUUUCCGAGGCUCAGUUUAGCACAGUGUGUUACAAUCACAGUUUGGCACUAACACACUUGUGAGUAUUUUGAUUUAGACAAUUUGUUGAGCAAUUUAAAUGUCUUUGUUUAAAAUCUUGUUCUGUCAUCUGAGCAGCAGCACUCGCAUAUCCAGUAUUAACAGCAUUUCACUUAAAAGGGUAGUAAGGAUGAGAUUCCAACCUGUGGGACAAGAAACAUACCAUUGUUAAGUUAAUACGUGUUUGUUUUUGGUCUGUUUUGUUGUUUGAUUAGUACUGCAGUGAGAUGCGUGUUUUGACUCUUACUGUUCAAUGACGCAGGCCUUCCAGCCACGAUCCAGAGACCUGAGUGCACUCAUAUCCCCCGAGUCCAGAGAGAAAUCAAAGAUCUGCAAUUAUACAUCAAGACACUAUUGUAGACGUUACCGUACAUGACUUUAUUUAAAAUCCUCUUCAUCUAAACCAGCCUGCUGGUCAUUUGUGUAAAAAAUAAAACUGAAGGUUAAGACAAAAAAUCAGGUUCUGAUGUUGAAUAUUAGUUGUUAUCAAGUCAAGUCAAAUCAAGUGGCUUUUUAUUAUCAUUUCAACCAUACAAAGCUGGUACAGUACACGCUGAAACGAAACAACGUUCCUUCAGGACCACGGUGCUACAUAAAACAACACACUAACCACAUGAGACGACAAAGAACUAAAAAAAGACCUACACAUUCUACAUAAAGUGCUCAUGCAAACAACACAGGACAGUACAUUAACUACUAAAACAGGACAAUAGGCAGAGUAAGUGACAGUGUAGCGCCGGGUGGUGUCCGAUAUAACAAUUGUCCGAUAUAACAGGCGGUGCAAAAAGAUAAGGAAUAGCAAUAUAACAUAAAUGAAUAGAUGACAAAAUGAUGUGAGUAUAAUCUUGUAUAACCAAACUAAUCAAAAAUCAUGAGUUCAAAUUCCAGGACUGCUGAGCUGUCACUGUUAGGCUCUUGUGCAAGGCCCUUAACCCUCAACUGCUCAGUUGUAUAAAUGAGAUAAAUAUAAGUUGCUCUUUAUAAGGGUGUCUGCCAAAUCCCAUAAAUGUAAAUGUAAUAAGUAAUGUAAUGUAGCAUAAGUAAAAUGUAAACAUUUUUAAAUGAUAAAUCUCACACAUUAAGCUAAAGGCUUAAAUGAUCAGGGUGAUCAAGCAGGUCUAUUAUUGAGUGUAUAUACCCUGUGGCCUGUAACUACAUAUUUUGUAUUAUCCCCUUGACUGUUUUUAAUUAAGUUUUCAAUCCAUACAGUUUAAGGAAUAUGAUAAAUGACAUGAAAAUACAUCAUGUGCACUGCUUCUUUAACUUCAUUACCAGAUUCCAGUUUUUGCUGUUUGCCGUACACAAAUGACAAUCCAUUUGGUAUGAACAAAUGAUAGGGAGAAUAUUCAAACUGCAUAAAUAUCAUACUGAAUCAAAAAGGAUUGAUUACCUUGGUGUUCUCCAGAAUAUGGUGGGGUUUAACGCUCUUUGGAAUCACUGGAAUAUUCUGCUCAAUAUGAUAUCUCAGCAAAAUCUGCAAAAUUUCCAAGUUUCACGGUAUAUAAAAAAAUAAAAAGAAACCAUACGUCUGUUCUAGUUGUGUGAGAGAGGAUGUAUGACCUGUGCAGGAGUCCGUCUGUGUUUUGCAGCAAUUCCCCCAACCACAGGGUCCUCCAACAGCUUUUCAGGAUCUUUGUCUCCUCUAUGACUGCAGAAUUUAGAGAAAUUCAGAUGACAUCAGAACCAAAUGAACGUUCAUAUAAAAAUGACCAUAUGGCUUUUACCAAUUCAGAUCCAAUGCCAAACUCGGGUUAAUGAUACAUGUGAAAUAUGAACUCACUGCUCUUUGGACCUUCCUGGUGAGCCAAAGGGACUGUAGGCUGUGAGAGUGAUGUUCUUCGAUUUACAAUAUUCGAUCACAUCAGUCUGCACAAAGUAAGGAUGAAGCUCUACCUGCCGAUGAAAAGAUUCUACUUACAGAUAUCACUCGAGCUGGCUAACCCACCUUAUUAAGUUAUUACAGUUAACCUGUUUGACUGAAUGGGUUUAACCCAUCAUUUAUUCAAUAAAUCAAAAACAUGUAGGCCUAUACAUGUCAACUUGGACGUCUUUAAAUUCAAAGCUCUGCUCAACUGUCAAACUGAAACUUUUACAUCAGUAGGUUUCAAUAAAGCCUAAUAUUGACUGGUAUGAGUGCAAAAAAAUACAUAAAGCACUAAAUUGUUCACUACCUGAUUGACAGCUGGUGGGAUUUUAGCCACAGACAGCAGCCUUUCCAAUUGUUGGAUUGAGAAGUUGGACACUCCAAUACUCUUUACUUUUCCAGAGUCCUUCAGGG